ACGAUCGACAUCUCUCCGGAUUCAAUGAUUCGGUGCGAUUGUUGUGGCUCCAUGAACAAGAAUAAAUUCUUAGCCGGCAUAGUUAAUGUUUCAUCCACUAGCAAUUUCCCUUCUGUUCGUCAGAAGCGAGAGACGACACAGCAAGUACAGCGUCUGGCACCCGUGGAUACUUGGCCCGCGGUUAAGGAAACAUGCCCAAAGUGUGGUGCGAAGGAAGUUCGAUACACAACCCUUCAAUUGAGAAGCGCUGAUGAAGGAACAACUUUGUUCUAUUAA